AUGAAUUUACUUGGCAAUCUAUUCCACAAGGAAUCGCAUCAGCACAAGCAAGCAUAUGACUUUGGUGAGGUCCUCGGUCAGGGCGGGUUCGGUGUCGUGAGCCAAGCGCAUGACAAGGAAACCGACAGAGACGUGGCUAUCAAGAAGGUACCCAAGAAGAGUAUCAAGAAUAGGGACGCCUACAGACGACUUAUCACAUUCAUGCGCGACAACAUGGACCACCCAAACACUAUCAACUUGAUAAGCUUUUUCUCGAGUUCGACGAGCUAUUAUUUGGUGUUCGAGUUGGCGUCCGGGGGAGAUUUGAUAGAUAGGCUUAAUUCAGCUGGCGGUCAUCUCAGCGAGGAUGAAGCGAGGCAGGCAGUAACGGCUAUUCUCAAGGCAACUAGCUAUCUGCAUGCACGCAAUGUGUUGCAUAGGGAUAUUAAACUCGACAACUACCUCUACAGAAGCAAAGAUGCACCAGCUGGUGAAGUCAUUCUCAUCGAUUUCGGCCAGGCUGUACUGCUCCCGUCGCACGAUGUAAAGCUGCUCGAACCUUGCGGGAGUCCAACGUACAUUGCACCUGAAAUAUACAACUUCAGGGGAUACUCAUUCCCGGCUGAUAUGUGGGCUAUUGGAGUUAUAACUUUCAAUGUUCUCUCGGGACGCUCGCUGUACACCUCAGCGAACCCUCAAAUAAUAGAGAAUGAGACUAAGCAGUUCACUGAUGUCAAGUUCAAUGACUUGUUUUGGCAUGAUGUGUCGGGAGACGCAAAGGACUUUAUUCAACGUCUGCUGAAACCGAAUCCGAAUGAGAGAAUGACAGUGGAUGAAGCGUUGCAGCAUGGGUGGAUUAGGCACGAGGGGGUAUCGCAGAUAGCGCCUAAGAAGGCGUCACUCGCUCUCGAUGCACAUGUGCCUAUAGCAAGAGCGGAGAAGGUGGAGACAUUGAGACUGAACGAGGGACAGAAGCCAAAUGAGCUGCUCGAAUUGGAUGGGAGUAGCUCGGGAGAUGCUACACCAAGACAUCCACAGUCAGGAAGCGCUACACCGGUCCCACAAGAUGCCAAAGCGGUGAGGGAGAGAGAUAAGGGGGAUAAGAUAAUGCUGCCUGGGAACCUCUACAGGAAGUUGAGUAGGGUGGUUGGUGAGGAAGUUGAGAGUUGA